CACUGAAGCCACGUCGCGUACUUCGAUCACCGACAGCGAUGAGCUCUUCCAAACUUUCCAAUAUCCUCGAGGCUCUUUCAAUCCCUCAAGAAUUCUCCCGCUUUGACAAGCUUACAGAUGAACAAAUCCUUGCUCAACUCAUCAGGUGGAAAACCGAUGUUUGUGCUAACCUCACAAGUCUUCGCGAUCUGCUCGCAAUGCAGAAUGGCAUUAAAAGCCUACCGGUCGACGAGCAGGCAGAUAUUGCUGCAUGCAUAGCCGCAUUUGAUGGUCCUGAACCAUACAUCCCUCCUCUGGUGCUAACACGUAUCCUGGCGCAUCACCUCAAACCAGCUUUCGCUGCCAAUCCGCAUCCGCGCCUUAACCUGCAGACGGGGCGGAAGCUACAUCAGCCAGCGGAUACGCAAGACGCGUAUGAGGGACAGGUAUGGAAGACGCGUAUCGGUACUGGAAAUGUCCUUGGAUGGUGUCUACGAAACAUCGAUGCCGGCACGUAUGAAUCCGUCUGGCACCUGAUUCUCCCUCCAGUGAUGACUUUCCUCGAUGAUUUCGAAGCAUCUUACAAACUGCGGGGAGUUCAGCUCGUGUCCGACUUGCUUUCUCGCGUUCCUCCAGAACUUCUCAAGCGCACCGGGGUUGACGGUCUCUUAUUCACUUCUUUAAGUGGUACAUUCAACCACCUGCGCGAUCCGCUCACCCCAGAUCUGAUUCGCGCCGCCGUUCCUACCACUCUGCACCUGAUUGACCUCGCCUCACCACCCUCACCGGCACCGCUUCCACCAACACCUGCAUUUUCCUCAGACCGCACCAUGACGUCCUCCCGCGCAAAUCCGGCCACACGAUACGAACAUCUAUCCACACUCCUCGGUUCCUGCCUUAUUGGCACCGUCUUCCUAUAUGCAUAUACUGAUCCUGAGGCCAUUCUCGCGGCGACUGACAUGCUUCCGCCCGUACUUACUCAUAUCGGAAUAGGCGCUACCAGGUGGCUCAAGCGACUGGCCAUUCUAGGCAUUAAUUCCACAGUUAACCCAUGUUCUUCUCCCGCCAGCCGUUCCUUCCCCCCACCCAUACGCAUGACGCCAAUUUGAAGCUUAAGGUGUCUUCUCAUCCGUGCACUAUGUACUUGCAUUGAAACCUGUGCCCCCCGAAUAUAUCUAUGGAAAUGCAAUAUCAUUGAUGCAAUUGGACGUGCAUGGGCAGUUGCCAUGGACAUUGAACGUGAAGGUCAUACUCAGUUUGCAGAUGGUACAGAUGCAAGUGACCUGGCACUGGAAUAUAAAGUUCUCCUUCAAAUGACUUGUGUUAAGCUGGCAGAAGCAUGUCCCAGUAUCAUUCAGGAAGAAUAUCAACAACUCUUGACAUUUGAUUCUGCGCUCUUUGGUGACCUUGUUGGCAGCUCUUCAGUUGCGUCAGACU